GAGACUAGCUAUGUAGCGAGGGGGCGGGGGCGCGCAAGUGCUGCGCUGUGCCGGGCUGCGCGCAGUGCAGCGCAGGCGGGGUGGGGAAGGGAACAGGAGCAGAGUCGGGAGUGGAGGAGAUCGGGAGGCCGGAGCUGAGAGGGCAACAGCGGAGAUGGCGGAGCAUCCGCAGCAGCUGUGGAGCCAGCCCAGAGGGAGGCAGGGCACACCGGAGCCCCUAGCGGGCAGCAGCCGGGCCAGGCCGGCGGGACUGGCUUCGGCGGGAAGCUGAGCCUGAGGGCCCAGGUGGCUCCGGGAUUAUGCUGAGCCCCGCCCAUGGAGACCCACGUGGACCUUCCCGUGCUGGAGACAAAUGAUGGACCGGGGGCAGGGGCUACAGUGGACAGCCCCGAGGAUGCUGGCUGGGCUGGGGGACCGUUCCCUGGGGGCUUCCGGGCUUCACUGGCGGGUGUGCUGCUUCUGGAGCUGGCGCUGGGUUUGGGCUGCAACGCUGCUGCCCUGCUGCUGCACCGAGCCCGAGCCGGCCCCCGGGCCUCGGCCAGCGCUCGCCUCACCCUCAGCCUUCACGUGCUGGACACGCUCAUCUGCGCACUUUGUGUCCCGCUCAGCGUAGCCGUACUCCUGCUGCCCACGACGUCGCCUCGCGUUCCGGCCUCUGCGCGCCCCGCAAGUCUGCUCUGUCGGUUCCAUGAGGCCGGAGUCACCUUCAGCGGAGUGGCCACGGCCGCUGGCGUCCUCGCUGUGAGCCUGGACCGCUACGACAUGUCCGCGCGGCCCGCGCGCCGCCGUCUCACGCCAGCGCGCGCGCUGUUGCUCCUGGCAGUCGCUUGGCUCCUCUCCCUGGCAGCCUUCUUCUUGCCCUUUGUGGAGGCUGGGCUCGCCCCGGGGGUGUGGGAUGAGGCCUCGGGUGCUGACAACCGCACAGGCGUGUCCUGUGUAGGUACUGGCGGAGGUUGGGGCGUGACGGGCCGAGGGGCGCCUGCUGGCAGGGGCCACCUGCUGGUGCAGAUCCCCGCCUUCGUGGCUGCUCUCGUGGGGCUGCUGGUGACCUACGCGCGUGUCCUCCAUGCGCUGAGCGCGGGCCUCGGUGCACGAGCUAGUCGGAGGAGGAGAAGGGGGAAGCGGCGAGGGCACGGCUGUGGCUCUGGCGCCGGGGCUGGAGAGGCCCGAGGACUGAGUCCGAUGCCGCCACCGGCCGCGCCUGCCCCGGGUCCCGCGCCCCCACCGCCAGCACUACAAACUUCAGUGUCUGUGAUCCUAGCGCUGCGCAGAGCGGUGCGCAGGCACCGCGACCGGCGGGCUCGGAGGCGGCGGGUUUUGCGCCGGUCGCUGCUCAUCGUCAGCUCCUUUGUGGGAUGCUGGGCUCCGCUGUCUGUGGGCAAUCUACUUCUUUUGUGCAUGGGCCCCAGCGAGCGGCUGGCCCGCCUAAGGCUCUGCUGCCUAGCGGCCGCCUACGGUACCACGGUGCUGCACCCGCUCCUCUACGCCUUUCCUCGACGCACGCUGAGCCGGGCGCUCCGAAAUCAAGCCCGGAGGCACGCUGUGUGCGCCUUGAGACCCGAACCUCCUGCCCCGGCUGCUGCUAUUGUGCGGAAUUCCUGGCUAGGAAUGCGCAAAGGCCAGGGAGAGGCGGAGGAAGCUGGGGACCGUGCUUUGGGCUUGGGAGAACAACCGCCAGACUGAGGACUCAAGCUGUUGCCCCUGCCCUGCCAGCACCCAUGGAAUGAGGGUAACCCUGAUUUCCUUGGUAUCCGUGGUUCAUGGAUGCCCAUGAACUGACAGCCUCAUCCAGGUGCAUCUUCCCAGCGAGUGCCCAGGAAUCAUCUGCCUUCUGUGACCCGAAGGUAGCCACAGACUGAGGGCCUCAGCUCCAAGUCUCUGCCCUGGAGCUGAAGGUCUCAUUCAUCCACCAUGUCCUGCAGAUGACCAUACACUGGAGACUUUCUUUGCUCUCCUGUCCUGUGUGGCCUAGAGGUCCAGGACUUGUCACCAGCACCUACCACCCCUGGGCCCCUGGAGCCUGCAGGGGGAUUGGAGGAGAGCCUCCCUCUAAGCUCAAAUUCCUGCUGGCACAAUCCCACUACCCAUCACCAAAGAAAGCACAGUCUUCUCCAUUGUUUCACAAAGUCCCUAGCUACCACAGAGUGCUCUGCUCCUGGGGAAGAUGGGGUGCCCCUGUUGUACCAUUAAGGCAAUAAUGGGGCUAGGGAGAAGAAAACCCCACAAGAGACCCACUGCCCUGACAGGGCUCAUUACAGCAAUAACUCCAGAUGGAGGUCCUCAAUUACCCCAUUCCUGCCCCCCAAAGUUUCACCAGCCCAAGAGUCUCAACCUCCCUGUGCAAUACCAGGUUUAGCAAGGGGGUGGGAUUCUGUUUGGUCUUCCUGUUAGUUUGUGGCUUGCUAGAGGGGGCUAGGCAGGUAUCUGUCUUCCCUCUAUCAGCAAGCACCCUCCUAAGAGGGAAAGGCUCAUAGUAAUUGUUUCUUAGAGGGAAGGGGGGGGGGGGAGGGAGCAGACCAGAGUUUCUUUGGGCUUUGGCCAAACUGCCAGAAUUUAAGGACUGUCUCUCAGUGCAAAUCACGCAGGAUGCAAUGUUACUAGAGGUGUCCAGAGCCCUUGGCAGCUGUUUCCCCAAUGUGGGCAAAAAAAAAAAAAGGAACUGCCCAGAUGUCCUAGGGGAAGUCCUACCCCAACAUGUAGUGUUUACUUUUAAUACUGUCCAGUCUGGUGUGACUUUUCUGGUAGUGUUCUGUUCCCCUCUAGUUUGAGGUGAUCCCAGGUCUUUGUGCAGACUAUUUGCAAAGGAUCUGCUCCCUCCCUUUUAGCUAAAUAAACUUGUUUGCCAUUCUGUCCUCAAAA